AUGACACACCAACAACAUGAGCGAGAGCUUGCUCAUGUGCUCCUCACGGAGUUAUUAGCAUAUCAAUUUGCGAUGCCUGUCCGGUGGUCAGAAACUCAAAGCAUACUCUUUGACAAAGUCAAUGUUGAGAAACUAGUCGAGUUUGGUCCAUCACCUACACUAUUAAAUAUGGCAAAGAAAACUCUAGGCCAAUUCAAUCUCGAGUCGGACGCUGUCAAUGGGAUUAAGCGGUCUCUUCUCUCGACCAGCUCCAACUACGACGAUCUUCGUUACGAUAUACCUCCACCCCCAGAGCCGGAGAGGGUAGAGAAGCCGAUAUCACAGAGUAAUCCGGAAUCAACUCCGGGGGCGAAGAUACCUACUCCCGAGGCACCUCCUGCGAGCACAUAUAUCCCUACAAAAGCAGAUAGCCCAAUCCCCGAUGUCCCAAUUACUGCGUUAGAGUCAGUUACGGCACUUAUCGCAAGCAGUUUGAAAAAGUCAUCUUCAGAAAUUAAGCUUGAUGAAAGCGUUAAAGCCAUUUCUGGGGGUAGGUCAAUUGUACAGAACGAGAUAAUAGGGGAUAUGUUAGAAGAAUUUGGGCCGUUAGCGGAUGACGUCGAGAACAUACCCCUUAAGGAACUUGCUGCAACAAUUCAAGGCACUUACGACGGAAAGUUGAAGAAGUGUUUACGCACCCGGGUUGAGAAGAUGGUUGGAUCGAAAAUGCCUGGCUCAUUCGACUUGAUCUCUGCCAGAUCCUACCUAAACGACAAAUGGGGCCUCGCCCCCGGAAGACAAGAUUCAGUUCUCUUACUAGCGCUUGGGCAACAACCAGCAGCUAGAUUAAAGAAGAACGAAGAUGCUGAGGCAUUCUUCAACACCAUCUCUCAGGGGCAUCUAGACAGUGCAGGCCUAUCUAGACAAGGGAGCACGGCUGCAGCCAGCCCGCAACAGACUAUGCUUGAUUCCAAAGUAGUACAACAGCUGCGCGAUGAGCACUCACAAUUAAAGAAGAAGAUUGCCGCCCUUCUUUCCGAUGACGACGAAUCUGCGACAUCAUCCGGAGCUAUCGAUGAUUCCGCAGAAACACAGGAUAAAAUCGAUAUGUACGAAAAAGAACUAGGCGAAGACUUCUGCAACGGUAUCAAGCCGAUCUUCAAAGCCAAUCAUCAGCGAUCAUAUGACUCUGUCUGGAAUUGGGGCCACGUCGACCUACUCGACGAGUACUACAAGCUCUUAGAGGGCAGUGAGAACCAGGAUGGUCUUGAAUCGGCUAUAGCAGGCCUUAGAAGUAGGGCUGGCAGCAGACUCGAGAGGGCCGGGCAGUACUUGCUUAGCAAGGUAUCCUCCAAAGACAGCGGGAUCGAAAGAAUCGAAACGAUGCUUAACAAGCUCAAUCCUAAAGAUACGAAGCCUAUAAAAUCCAAGCCGCAAGAAAUCUACCAAGGCGUUCCGCUCUCAACUCCAAAGCAGCAAUCAGAACCCGAAGCCAAAGGAACAAAGUCCCCUCAUAUACUUCGGAGGAAAGGGGCUUCGUGGACUCCGGACCAACAACUAACGACCCUCAUGAGCACAGACGACCAAAUAGCGACGAAAUUGUUUGCCGGAAAAGACGUCCUGCUGACAGGCGCGGGUCCAAAUUCGAUCGGCAUAGUCCUUCUCCAAUCGCUUCUCCAGGGAGGAGCCAGGGUCUUAGUCACAACCACCAGGACCAUGUCCGAGGCGGGCCCCAUUUAUCAGAAGAUAUUCGCGAGCUACGGGGCAAACGGAUCCAAGCUCGUUGUUCUUCCAUGUAACCAGGGAAGUAAGCAGGAUAUAGAGAAUCUGGUCGCCCACAUCUAUGACCCGGUCAACGGUCUUGGAUGGGAUCUCGAUUUCAUUAUCCCGUUUGCGGCACUGCCUGAAAAAGGCCGUGAGAUCGAUAAUAUCGAUUCGAAGUCGGAGCUUGCGCAUAGAGCUAUGCUGACAAAUGUAUUGAGGAUCAUGGGUGCUGUUAAGCUCGCAAAGGAGUCGAAAGGCUCUCGUACAAGACCAGCGCAGGUCUUGUUACCCCUUUCCCCCAACCACGGCACGUUCGGGAAUGAUGGUCUAUACUCCGAAUCCAAGAUCGGACUAAUGACAUUGUUGAACAAGUGGUCCUCUGAGAGCUGGAGCGAUUAUCUAUGUCUUUGUGGCGUUAUUAUUGGUUGGACUCGAGGCACAGGCCUAAUGGCAGCUAACGACGCAAUUGCAGAGGAGAUUGCUAAACGCGGUGUGACCACCUUCUCGACGGAAGAGAUGGGAAGACUUAUAAUAGGACUCAUGUCGGACCCCGUGGUAUCGAUCUGCCAGACUGAAUGUCUCUUGGCGGACCUGAGCGGAGGCAUGGGUAGCGAUCCCGAGCUAGCAGCAUUCAUUGCUGGAAUAAGGAAUUCGAUGCGCCAAAACGAGGAGAUCAAGCGGGCCCUAGCUGAAGAAGAAGCCCUCGACGAGAUCGCUACUCGAGGCAAACCCACCGCGACGUCGCAAUCGAAUUCGACGCUACCUAAACCACCUCUGGUUGAUCUUGACCUAGGGUUUCCAACACUGCCUGACUACCCGACCAAGUUGAAGCACCUGAACUCCAAGCUAGAUAAUAUGGUCGAUCUAGAUUCAGUCGUAGUUGUGGUCGGCUUCGCCGAGAUUGGACCCUGGGGAAACUCUCGGACAAGAUGGGAGAUGGAGCUCAAAGGAGAGCUGUCAAUCCAAGGCUGUACUGAACUGGCCUGGAUGACGGGAUUUAUCAAGCAUAAUCCCAAGCCAGCUCCUCCAACAGACGGCGCAGCACCCGCAUGGCUCGAUGUAGCUACCGGUACACCUGUGCACGACUACGAGAUAAAGGCGAAGUACGAGAAGCAGAUUCUAGAGCAUACAGGACUUCGCCUUAUCGAGCCGAGUGCCCUGGACCACCCUAACCGGGAUAGCAAACAGUUUCUCCAGGAGGUGAUUGUCCAGCACGACCUAGAGCCCUUCACCGCGUCAUUCGACACGGCCAUGGAGUUUGUCCGAGAACAGGGCGACAAGGUCGAUAUUAAGCAGAUAUCCAAGAGCGAUCAGUUCUCCGUGCGUCUCAGGAAAGGCGCUACCCUGAUGAUCCCCAAGGCAAGAAUCUUCGACAGGAUCGUCGGUGGUCAACUCCCAACUGGCUGGGACCCGACAGUAUACGGGCUCCCACAGGAUCUCCGCGAGAGCGUGGAUCGAUGCACACAGAUGGCACUUGUCUGCGCUGCCGAGACCUUCCUCUCGGCAGGAAUUACCGACGUAUAUGAAUUAUAUAAAACGAUUCACAUCUCGGAACUCGCCAGUUGCGUGGGAUCAGGUAUGGGCGGCGGCCAAUCUCUACAGAAGCUCUACCGCCAAGGGUAUCUUGACCGGCCAGUACAAAGCGAUAUCUUAGCCGAAGUAUUCAUCAACACGACAGGUGCAUGGCUGAACAUGCUCCUCAUGUCGUCGGCGGGUCCGACAAGAACGCCUGUCGGUGCCUGCGCGACAGCACUCGAGUCUCUCAACCAAGGAUACGAUCUUAUUACAAGCGGCGCUGCGAAGGUAUGUCUAGUAGGGGGUUUCGACGAUAUGACUCAGGAUACGUCGGCAGAAUUUGCCAAUAUGAAAGCAACAAACAACAGUAUGGCUGACAUUGAGCGCGGCCGCGCGCCACAUGAGACGUCUCGCCCGUGUGCCUCGUCCCGGAAAGGAUUUGUCGAAUCAGAGGGGUGUGGCAUGCAGUUACUUACCAACGCCAAAGUAGCCCUAGAGUUAGGCUUGCCCAUCCGAUCUAUUGUUGCGCAUGUUCAAACGGCCAGCGAUGGCGUCGGUCGCUCAGUUCCUGCCCCUGGAAAAGGCAUCAUGGUAAACGUCCGUGAAAGCCCUAGCCUCGGUCCAUCUCCACUUCUAGACAUCAACUAUAGGAGACGGCUACUCGAGCACUCCCUAAAGUCAAUCCGCGAGCGUCAAGAGCUUUUCGGCCCUCUGGCGGGAUCUAGUAGCCCGGUUGACGAACUCGACCUAGCUGCUCGGCGCGAGGAGAAGGAGGCUCGACGCAGAUUUGGCAACGCCUUCUGGACGCACGACACGCGUAUUUCGCCCUUGCGCGGUGCCCUAGCCGUCUGGAACCUAACUGCCGACGACAUCGGCGUCGUAUCUCUCCACGGUACCUCAACGGAUCUUAACGAGAAGAACGAAGUAGAAGUACUCCACCGACAACUCAGUCAUCUUGGCCGCACUCCCGGCAACGCAGCCCUAGCCGUGUGUCAGAAAUAUCUAACCGGACAUCCCAAAGGUGCCGCAGCAGCCUGGAUGCUCAACGGGUGUUGCCAGAUUCUCGACACGGGGGCUGUUCCAGGCAAUAAGAACGCAGACAACAUCGACGUCGCGCUUGAGCCCUGGGAGAACCUCGUGUUUCCCAAUCGAACUAUCAAAGUUGACGAGGUAAACGCGUUCAGCGUGACGAGCUUCGGCUUUGGCCAGAAAGGGGCCCAAGCGCUCGGAGUACACCCUAAAUAUGUCUUGGCGACAAUUGGUGAGGGACGGUAUGACGAGUACUGUCGCGUCCGUCAGCAACGAUACUUUAAGGCAAAGCAGCACUUCCAGAAUACAUUAUAUGGAGGCAGCAUGGUGGUGCUAAAAGAUGAAGCGCCCUAUCCCAAAGCUCGACUGUUAGAAACUUUGGUGGAUGCAUCUGCAAGAUUUGGAGGGGAAGAGUAG